GUGCGUGCGCUGGACCAAGUACCAGGCGCGGUGCGGGCACACGGUGUCGCACAUGACGACGGCGCGGUGCGCGCGGGCGCCGGCGGGGGGCGCGUGCGACGCGGUGCGGGUGGAGGAGGACGCGUUCUGCCCGCGGGCGCGGCUGGGGUUCGACGCGGGGUUCUGCAACGACUGCUGGCGGCACGAGUCGUGGGAGGCGGCGAUGCGGGCGCGGCACGCGGCGGCGCGGGCGGCGCGGCCGGACCGCGCCGGCUCCGCCGCCCUCGACGCCAUGCACCUCGCCGUGCUGACCUGGCCCAACGUGCCCGACUGCCUGCGCGACCGCGUCCACGCCGCGGCCAUGCGCCGCUGGCGCGCCACCGGCCAGGCCACCGACGUCGCCCGCGCCCUCCGCGCCGUCCGCGCCUGCGACGACGAGCUCCUCCGCGCCGCCGACCAGGAGUUCAGCUGGGUCCGCCUCGGCCCCCCCGCCCCCGCCCACCAGCGAACCGCCGAGACCGGGGCCGGCCAGGUCUGCCCACCCCCUACCCCCCCCCGGCCCGCAGGCCACAGCGCAUGCGACACUCCCUCCCCCUCCAGGGGUGCUGCGAACGGGACGGGAUAAAUGACAAAGGUAGAAGGUAGUCACGUGCCCCAGGGAAACAGGGCCGUGACGGGCAGAAAAUAGGGGAGGGUCGCCUUUGCAGCGUUGUUAGUAUUUCACGAGCAUUCCCUCAGUAGACUCCUGAUAUCCCAUGCGUCAGGUUUGCGCCUGGUAUCCUUCCUCUCUUCGUGAGAUGGGCCAGCUUUAGCAAAAACAGACCUAAUAAACCUGCUAUUCCACAAGUCUCUAGCGCGGUC